AUGGCAUCCCCCGGGACGAAACCCGUGGUGCUGCACAUCGGCGACCCGAUAAAGUACAACCCGGAGACGUACAAGGCCUUCUCCUCCGCCUUCGACGUGAUCCGCCCCAGCGCCGCGGAGCGCCAGCGGCCAGAGUUCAUCCGGGCGCUGCGGGAGCGCAGGUGGGGCGACUUCGCCGCCAUCUUCCGGCCCUUCUGGUCCACGGGCGGCGAGAUGGGCAAGUGGGACGCCGAGCUCAUCUCCCUGCUCCCCGCGAGCUGCCGCGUCUUCGCCAGCGCGGGCGCCGGCUUCGACUGGGCCGACACAAAGCUGCUCGGCGAGAGAGGCGUCAUCUACUGCAACGGCGGCCUGGCAGCCGCAGAGUCCGUGGCCGACUUCGCCGUCGCGCUGGUGAUCAGCACGUUCCGCCACCUCGCCUGGGGCAUCGCGGCGGCGACGGUCCCGACCCUGCUUUCUGACAGAAGCGGCAGCGGCAGUGACCGCUCCGCGGCCGAGGCGGCCUUCCGCUUCUCGCACGAGCACGAGGUCUUCCACAGCCGCAACCCGCGCGGCCACGUCCUGGGCCUCAUCGGGCUCGGCAAGAUCGGGCAGGUGAUCGGCUCCAAGCUGGGGAACCCCUCCAUGGGCAUGCUCCUGCACUACCACGACGUCGUGCGGCGCUCCCCGGAGGAGGAGGCCCGCCUGGGGCUCACGUACCACCCGACGCUGGCGUCGCUCCUGGCCGCGAGCGACUGCGCCGUGCUGUGCACGCCCGCGAGCGCGGACGGGAAGCCGCUCAUCGACGCCGCGGCGCUGGCGGCGUUCAAGCCGGGCGGCAGGUUCGUCAACAUCGCGAGGGGGUCGCUCGUGGACGAGGACGCGCUGGCGGACGCGCUCGAGAGCGGGAGGGUCAGCGCCGCGGGGCUGGACGUGCACGCCGACGAGCCGAGGGUGUCGCGGAGGCUGCUGAAGUUCGCGGGCGCGGAGCAGAUCGCGGGCGCCGGGGCCGAGGGGGGCAAGAUCGGGCCGGACGGGAGGGCCGUCAACCCCGGGCGGGUGCUGCUGACCUGUCACAACGCCGGCGGGACGGUGGAGACGCACAUUGGGUUUGAGGAGCUGGCCAUGAGGAAUAUCAUGGCUGUGCUGGAGGGUAAGAAGGCUAUCACGCCGGUGAAUAUGCACUUUUUGAACAAGAGGGAUAGUAAGUUGUAG